AUGUAUCUAUCUAUCUAUCUAUCUAUCUAUCUAUCUAUCUCAGUCUAUUCAUAUCUAUCUCUAUCUAUUUAUUUAUCUACCUAUCUAUCUAUUUAUCUAUCUCCGUCUAUUCAUAUCUAUCUAUCUAUCUAUCUAUCUAUCUAUCUAUCUAUCUAUCUAUCUCAGUCUAUUCAUAUCUAUCUAUCUAUCUAUCUAUCUAUCUAUCUAUCUCUGUCUAUCUAUAUAUCUAAGUCUAUUCAUAUCUAUCUAUCUAUCUAUCUAUCUAUCUGCCUCAGCUUAUUCAAUUUGUUUCUAUCUAUCUUGGUUUGUUCCUAUGUAUGUAUGUAUGUAUGUAUGUAUGUAUCUAUCUAUCUAUCUAUCUAUCUAUAUAUCUCAGUCUAUUCAUAUCUAUCUCUAUCUAUUUAUUUAUCUACCUAUCUAUCUAUCUAUCUAUCUCAGUCUGUUCAUAUCUAUCUAUCUACCUAUCUAUCUAUCUAUCUAUCUCAGUCUAUUCAUAUCUAUCUAUCUCUCUCUCUCUCUAUCUAUCUAUCUAUCUAUCUAUCUCAGUCUAUUCAUAUCUAUCUAUCUAUCUAUCUAUCUAUCUAUCUAUCUAUCUAUCUAUCUAUCUGUUUGUUCAUAUCUAUCUGUCGCUGUUUAGGAUUUAGGCCCUUCUAUGAACCCUGCGAGGACGUGUACCGCUUGUCUCACGGUGAUUGCCUAGAUUCUUCUUUAUUGGGGAUCUCAAGACACUCAUUCUCUCCCCCCGGCCUUAACUCUCCAUUUCUUGGUGCUAAUCCUGAUCUCCAACCCCCCCCUCUCUCUCUCUCUCUCUCAUCCUAA